AUGACUAUACAACAACAGGUUGAUCACUACGUCCGCCAGCCGGGGGCCCCAAUGCCAGUCGAACACGUAUGUGUUAAUUGUAAGUCUGGCAUGCGCCGGGCAUUGGACUUCUACUGUAGGGGAUGCAGCUGGCGCAGUUUUGCUUGGGGCUGUUGCAACCUUUGCCUGAAAAGUCUUGACUCCCUCGAAGGUCGAGGCUUCUGCUUCCGAUGUGUACCAAAACAAAGACAUGAGUUUUCGAACUUGCCACCUCCUGAGGAUUGGGAGCUGGCGAAGAGGGACGCCAUGUUUAUACUCGCGUCCUUCUAUAGACCAAUGCCUGUCUGUCUUUUUUGUCGCAAGUUCUCAGAUGGUGGUAUCGACUGUGGUGAGCACAGUGAUUUCGAUGAUGACAAUCGUCAAGAUGUUACCUCAAUUGACUCCACAGAUGCCAUCAUGGUAGGGAAAUAUCCGCAGCCAAGCACCCACAGUUUCGCCUGGGAGCAACGACAGGGCGUUGUCGGUGGUAUCGAGCUUCCUUCUCUUGAGGACGCAGGUAUCACAAUGGACUGGUUCAUAGAGCAGCUGAAGAUCGAGCAAGAAUGGGCCAAAUUGUAUCCUUAUGCGCUCUCACCAAUCGCAGAGUCCGGCAUCAUGUUCAUCAUGAAGACAAGCGCGCCCCAAGAUUCUUGGGACAAGAUGAAGACCCUGAUACUAGUCAACAAGUUCCUCAAUGGCUUGGUAUCAGGGUCUCAUACAGAACAUAACAACACCAGACUGAUCUUUCAUCCGUGGCCACAACCAGAGUUUAUGCCGAACAUCGACCCUCGCGGGUCCAUGAGACCAUCACCCCUGGAAUGUCCCAAGGCAAACCUGCAGGAGAUCUUUUCGACCUUUUUCGACCAUGUCCUCUGGACAAGAGCUACCGACGUUCACUCAUUCAAGAGCCAGAUUCCUCGCGACACAUACGAUCACGUACGACGUGUAUAUCGCGGGAAAGCACUGCUCUCACGUACCCUGGGGUGUCACCUUGCCGCUCCCGACGCCCGCUUGAACAUCAGUCCUGAACUCGUUGUAUAUGGACCAGCCAACGAUGGAACCGAUAGGCUUCAGCCUGUAAUCAGCCUCAAGAACAGCCAGAUGGGCAGCACACCAGCACCGUUCAUCAACCCAGCUCUGCUCGCUGAAGAGUACGAGCGCAGACACCCAUAUUGGUCCCAGCACAGACAGAGAAAGCCCUAG